GCAGCUGCUGCGUUCAAGUGGCGCAGUGUCCCGUGUGGACUCGGCAGAGAGGGCGAACUUUCACUCUGCAUUGCAGCCUGAGCGGCGCUGCUGCCGGAAUCACACACAACAAUGGCGACUCCCAGUCCCGACAGCAGCUUCGGCAGCUACAGCAGCUCCGGCAGCGUAGGCUCCACGUCGCACAGUUUCCACCAGCAGCAGCACACACAGAGCAGCAGCAUGCAAGAAACCAACACCUGCUGGAGAUGUCAGAAUGAAACAGGGUUUCAGAUAAGCCUGUCUGGAGUGUCCCAACGUAAACGUAAAGCUCUGAAGCUGAAUUUCGCCAACCCUCCAGUGAAACCAGCCUCCAGGCUCCCGCUCCAUCCACCGCCUCCCUCUUUCCAGAACCCUCACAUAGAGCGUCUGCGGACACACAGUAUCGAGUCGUCGGGGAAGCUGAAGAUCUCGCCGGAGCAGCAUUGUGACUUCACGGCGGAGGAUCUGAGAGACCUCGGGGAGAUCGGUCGCGGGGCGUAUGGCUCCGUCAACAAGAUGGUCCACAAACCCACGGGCCAGAUCAUGGCUGUCAAGAGGAUUCGCUCCACUGUGGAUGAGAAGGAGCAGAAGCAGCUGCUGAUGGAUCUGGACGUGGUCAUGAGGAGCAGUGACUGUCCCUACAUCGUUCAGUUCUACGGCGCUCUCUUCAGAGAGGGCGACUGCUGGAUCUGUAUGGAGCUCAUGGCUACCUCAUUAGACAAAUUCUACAAAUAUGUUUAUUGUGCAAUGGAUGACGUCAUUCCGGAGGAAAUACUAGGCAAAAUAACAUUAGCGACCGUUAAAGCACUGAACCACUUAAAAGAAAACUUGAAAAUAAUUCACAGAGACAUCAAACCUUCCAACAUUCUCAUGGACCGAGCGGGGAACAUCAAGCUGUGUGACUUUGGCAUCAGCGGUCAGCUGGUGGACUCCAUCGCUAAGACCCGGGAUGCCGGCUGCCGGCCGUACAUGGCGCCUGAGAGGAUCGACCCCAGCGCGUCCAGACAAGGCUACGACGUGCGCUCUGAUGUCUGGAGCCUGGGAAUCACUCUAUAUGAGCUGGCCACAGGAAAGUUCCCGUACCCAAAGUGGAACAGCGUGUUUGAUCAGCUGACUCAGGUGGUGAAAGGUGAGCCUCCGCAGCUCAGCAGCUCCGAGGAACGCCAGUUCUCCCCCAAGUUCAUCAGCUGUGUCAACCUUUGCCUUACCAAGGAUGAAUCCAAACGGCCAAAGUACAAGGAGCUUCUGAAACAUCCCUUCAUUCUGAUGUAUGAAGAGCGUUUCGUGGAUGUCGCCAGUUACGUAUGUCGCAUCCUGGAUCAGAUCCCCGCCUCGCCCAUCUCGCCUAUGUACGUGGACUGAUGGAGUUAGGUUGUGUGCGUGUUCGUGUGCGUGUGUAAGUGAGAGUGUGAGUGUUACGUAGUAUCAGCUGUUUAUUCACACGUUCCAAAGAACAAAGGUUGCCCGGUGCAAUGACAUGAAUAUUGUUAAGAAAACCUCAUUUACAGUCAAUUUUAAAAUAUCGUCAGCCAGAAGACAAAUGCAAUGCAUCUUUUUAUGUGGGGAGUAUACAUACAUGCACGUGUAUAUGUGUGUGUGUGUGUGUAUACGUACAGUUGAAUCUACCAAAAAAAAAUUAUGAACAAAACUAGCCACCUAAUAGAUUUUGUUGAGGUGUAAGAUGUAUGCUGAUUGGCCGACUGUCUAAACACGCGCGCACGUGCAGUUUUGUUGUGUGCACGUUCAUCACAUGGUGAAGUGUUUGUCUCUUGAGAGCUCGUAGAUUCGGUAGCGUGGCAUUACUUCUGUUUGUGUGUCCUGACACGUGACGGGGACAUUUACAUUUCUUACAUCCAGUGUUAGCCACGGCCCAUGUCUCAUCGUUAGGUUCCAGUCGCAGAGCUGAGUGUCUGGCUUUCUAAAGCCAGAAGAUCAUUUAACAAGUCAAAUUGGCAGACAGUAAAAUAAAUCCAUGAGUAUAUUGUAGCAUCUGGAAAAGCAUUAGUGUUGCACAGAGUGUGGUUUCAGAUGUUUAGCUGUCUCUUAAACUGAAUGAGGUGCACAAACUGGGCUGGUUCAAUGCUUCAUUGCCUGAUGUGAAGUUCUUCACUGAUGUAAAUGUGUGUGUGUAUAGUCCAUCUGCUGUGCUGUCCCUGGCAGGCUCUGCUUGGCAGCGGAGGAUCAGAUCUCUUGGUGCACAAUGAGUCCUGCUGCUCCUCAGCAGCCCGCCACAGCACUCUGACCACAGACAGGCCAAUGGGACAUCGUUAAAAAUCCUGGCAAGGGUUUCCUGUCGACAACCCACAAAUGCUGCUAAAUGACAUAAUGUCCACUUUUGUACCAACCACACCUCUGCCAGGAGAGGACGAGGAUCUGUCCUCACAUGGUCCCAGCAUGUUCCUCCGGGACUCGCCACGUCUCUCUGGCUCGCACUGAUGAUGAUGGAAUGUGUCCCACGCCAAACCAUAUACCAAACUCGGGAUGCAUCUCAUAGUCUAACAGCCUCUCCCUCACCUGUCUUCCUUCACCAGGCGACACCGCAACUCAGACUACCGAGAUGCAGCCGCCGCCGCCGCUCCCUCCAUCACACAGUUAGCUACUUAACCAAUGUCUGAACGGUGGUCCUUCCACACUGGGCAAUGUAGAGACUUGUAAUGUCAUAAAUGAAUUUAGUGGUAAGGAUGACAAUAUUUAUAUUUUAAUGUAACACUGAAUAUUGCCAGCCUUAUCUGUUAACCGCGCAAACUAAUAAUGUAAGUAAAGUUCAUUUCAUGCAACAUAGCCUAUAAUGAGCAAAGAGGUAUACAGAGACUUAAGUCAGAUUUUGACUUUCUCAAAAUCAGUUGGAGGACAUUUCUGAGUUUUUUUUUGAGUUGUUGAUCACCUUUGCUGUUUGGCUUUAUUACAUUUAGUUUCAUUACAUUAAAGGAAUGGCCGUACUUAAAGGGCCACUCCAGCCAUUUUAGUAUGGACCUUUUUCACAGCAAACAUUUUGACUUUUCAUAGUAGGAAAAGCACAGCUGAAAUUGAUAACCUUAACGAUGGCCGUGAAAAAGGUCCAUAGUACUUUCAUAAAGUUGAGUCUUGUAAGAGACAGAUUUUAAAAAGCAAUGCAGCAAAGGCUCAAAUGUCCUGAUUUUAGUCAUUCAUAUGGGAUAAGCUUAAAAAAACAAUGACCCUGAUGACAUCAUCAGGGUUAUUUUCUCAGACUCGACAAGCUCCUCCAAAGCCACAGAAGACCAAAAACAAGGGUGAAUAGUAGGGCUGGGUAUCAGUAAAUGGUUUGGGCCCAGAUCUAGAAUUAAAAGCCUAUUUGUUUGGUUUUGCUCGCGGCCAAUCACCAGACGUGUGUUAAUUUAAUGCAACAUGUGAUUGGCCCACUACCACAGCAGCUACAACCCAUACAGUCUGUGGUGUGGUGCAACUGACUGAUGGGUAUCAAAUGAAAUAAACAAAAAGCUUUCAAAGGAAGUACUCUGUUGGUAGUGGUAUCACUUAGGCUCAUUUUUUAAAAGAUACCCAGCCCUACUGAAUAGUACUCCUGAUGACCAGUACAUUGACAUGUAUAGAAUGUGCUGGAGUUCCCCUUUUCAUUUAAAAUGAUAUGACAUAAGCCUCUACAGAUGUCAGCUGUGUUGGAAAUUGUCCACCGUCAUCAGGAUGUGUUGAAUGCUUGUGGCUUAAUCUGGAGGGUCAAACAUUACCAGCAAGCCAUUCUUCUCUCUGUUGGUUUCUAUCUGUAAUGUGAAAUGGUGCAAAGCCCUAAGAAACAGUCUCUCAUGGGAUACAUUUCCAGGAAGCUACCUUACCACUGGUGAAUAUCAACCUCCAGGGUACAUGUUGUAUAAAUUGCAAUUUACUAGAAUGUUCAUAUUAGAUUAUAAGAUAUUAAGGGCAAUGGAUAUUAUAUUGUAUCUUUAUUGAAGGGUUACAAAUAAAGUUCCCGUUUAAAACCUG